AGGGGGCGGACGCGGGGACCAGAGGAGGCGGGUGAGGAGGGGGUUACGCGGGCGACGUCGGCAGCGUGAGAUUUUGCGCGUGAGCGGCGCGGGCGCCGGGCCUGGCCCUUGAGCUCUCCGGGAGGGCGGGCGGCCGGCUGGUCGACGCCGGCUCGGGGCGCAGCCGGGGAAGAGGGAAGCGUCGGUGUCAGCGGCCGCGUCGAGAGCGUCCCGGGCCAUGGAGGAGGCCCCGCCGCUCCCCGAGCUGCCGCUCUGCGACAGCCUCAUCAUCUGGCUGCAGACAUUCAAGACUGCCUCACCUUGUCAAAAUGUCAAACAGCUGACUAAUGGAGUUACCAUGGCACAAGUUCUUCAUCAAAUUGAUGUAGCUUGGUUCAAUGAAUCUUGGUUAAGCCGAAUUAAAGAAGAUGUUGGAGACAACUGGAGAAUAAAGGCUAGUAACUUGAAGAAGGUUCUUCAAGGAAUUAUGAGUUAUUACCAUGAGUUUUUGGGGCAGCAGAUAUCUGAAGAACUUAUCCCUGACUUAAACCAGAUAACUGAACGUUCAGAUUCUGUGGAGCUUGGGAGGUUGCUUCAGCUUAUUUUAGGUUGUGCAGUCAACUGUGAAAAGAAGCAAGAACAUAUUAAAAAUAUAAUGACAUUGGAGGAGUCUGUUCAACAUGUGGUCAUGACUGCUAUUCAAGAGUUGAUGAGUAAAGAAAUAGUGAGCUCUACUGUGAGUGACGGUGUUGGAGAAUUAGAGCAACAGCUUAAAAGAGCUUUAGAAGAACUUCAGGAAGCACUAGCGGAAAAAGAAGAGCUGAAGCAAAGAUGCCAAGAACUAGAUAUGCAGGUGACUGCACUUCAAGAUGAGAAGAAUUCACUGGUUUCUGAAAAUGAGAUGAUGAAUGAAAAACUUGACCAGUUGGAUGGCUCAUUUGAUGAUCCAAAUACAAUGGUUGCAAAAAAGUACUUUCAUGCACAGCUACAACUAGAACAAUUACAGGAAGAAAACUACAGGCUUGAAGCUGCAAAAGAUGAUUACAGAGUUCACUGUGAAGAACUUGAAAAACAGCUGAUUGAAUUUCAGCAUAGAAAUGAUGAGCUGACGAGCCUUGCUGAAGAAACAAGAGCCCUGAAAGAUGAAAUAGAUGUCCUUAGGGCUACCUCUGAUAAAGCAAAUAAACUGGAAUCAACAGUGGAGAUAUAUCGUCAGAAGCUGCAAGAUCUAAAUGACCUUCGUAAGCAGGUGAAAACACUACAGGAGACAAACAUGAUGUAUAUGCAUAAUACUGUCAGCUUAGAAGAAGAAUUAAAGAAGGCAAAUGCAGCACGAACACAACUAGAAACAUACAAAAGGCAGGUUCAGGACCUUCACACUAAACUUUCCUCUGAAUCCAAAAGGGCAGACACACUAGCAUUUGAAAUGAAGCGGCUUGAAGAAAAACAUGAAGCUUUGCUGAAGGAAAAAGAGAGGCUGAUAGAGCAGCGCGAUACUCUGAAAGAGACAAACGAGGAGCUUCGAUGUUCACAAGCACAGCAAGACCACCUGAACCAAACUGAUUCAUCUGCUACAAAAAGUUAUGAGAAUCUUGCUGCUGAGAUUAUGCCAGUGGAAUAUAGGGAAGUGUUCAUUCGUCUUCAGCAUGAAAACAAGAUGCUUCGCUUGCAGCAGGAAGGGACUGAGAAUGAACGCAUUGAAGAACUGCAGGAGCAGCUAGAGCAGAAACAUCGCAAGAUGAACGAACUUGAAACUGAACAGAGGCUGAGCAAAGAACGCAUUCGAGAAUUGCAGCAGCAGAUUGAAGACCUCCAAAAAUCUUUACAGGAGCAUGGCUCCAAGUCUGAAGGCGAAAGUUCCAGCAAACUAAAGCGGAAGUUGGAAGCUCAUAUGGAAAAACUGACAGAGGUCCAUGAAGAAUUACAGAAGAAACAAGAGCUCAUUGAAGAUCUUCAGCCAGAUAUAAAUCAGAAUGUCCAAAAGAUCAGUGAACUUGAAGCUGCUCUUCAGAAGAAAGAUGAAGAUAUGAAAGCAAUGGAGGAACGAUACAAAAUGUACUUGGAGAAAGCAAGGAAUGUAAUAAAAACUUUAGAUCCCAAGUUAAAUCCAGCUUCAGCUGAAAUAAUGCUACUUAGAAAGCAGUUAGCGGAGAAAGAAAGAAGAAUUGAGAUUCUGGAGAGUGAGUGUAAGGUAGCAAAAUUUCGCGAUUAUGAAGAAAAACUCAUUGUUUCUGCCUGGUACAAUAAGAGUCUAGCGUUCCAGAAACUGGGGAUGGAGUCUCGGCUUGUGAGUGGUGGUGGUACGUGCAAAGACUCUGUCGCGUGCACUCCUGCCCGGUCCUUCCUAGCACAGCAGCGGCACAUCACCCACACCCGAAGAAAUCUCUCUGCAAAAGUUCCUGCCACAACUUCCGAUUAAACAGCAAAGGAAACCAUAAACAAACAGAAGUGCCCUUAAAAUGUUUGUACCUUUCAACAACAACAAAAAAGAUUAAGAUGCUUGACACCAGCUAUUUUAAAAUCAAAACACAUCAAAUUAAUUUCGCCAGCUCACUUUAAGAACAAGGUAUAGAAUUGGCUAUCUCUUUAGGGGGAGCACAUUUGAAUAAUUGGAAUAUAUAAUUAAGCACAUGUCUCAAAGAUUUGUCUUUCAGGAGUAUUUUUAAUGUUUUUAACUAUCAGUAAGUUAAUUUGCACUUUUUAAUCUGUAGUAUAUAGUUUUGAAAUGGGUCUAAAUUCAUUUUAUGUUUUUGUCUAUAUAAAAAGCCUUGAGAUAGGCACCUAGAGAAUCAUAAAACUAAUUUAUUUUGGCUUAUAUAUAAGGUUUUACUUCUGCUACAUCUGUCAUGGGUAUAUUUUGUUAUGCUGUGGAAGGUAUAAUGCUUGAAAGAUUUGACUGUUGUAUUAACUUAGCUAUAGUUAAAAAAGACUGAAGAGGUCACAGUUUCCUGUGUUCCUACUGUACACAAGGGCUUCUGAAGAGUUUGAAAUGUUAAGGGUGGGAAACAAACUGACAUUUCUAAGAGGUGCCUUUCUGAUAGGAAACAAAUUGAAAUUGUGUGAAAGAUUUUCACACUCUUUAAUGUAAUUAAUAAGGAGUUUAGCUACUCCUCUUAAGCAUAAAACCAUCAUGGAUUCUGCUUUAUAAACGAAUCAUGAUGUAAUCAUUUUAUAUCUUCAUUGACAAGAGAUGUUGCAGUGACAAAACAGCUUAGCAUCAGUUUAAUUUUUCUUUACUUACUGAGGAGUUUGUCUUGGGCUGAGUUUGUAGUAUUCAUUUCUGCCCAAAGUUGGUAUUUUCAAAGGUGUUACUUUCUAAUUUAGGGUGUCAUCUUUAAAAAUCACAAUAUUGGAAUGUUAGUGAAGUUGUGUUAAAUCUCUGUUGUUCAGUAUUGUAGCUACAGCAACAUGUGGCAAGUUAAAUAAAAUGAAAAGUUGGAUUA